CAUUUCUGAUCAGCUGUGUGGAGGGGUGUUACGCUGGGGGGGGGGGAAUCCGUCAGUGUGAUGUCAAGGGCCGCAGCUAGUCGAGAGGCGGGUCUGAAGCCACCCAGACGGCCACCUCCACAGCGUGUCUGAGCAAAAUGAAACAUGGAUGAGGAGGUCGCCGAAAGUUGGGAGGAAGCUGCUGACAGUGGGGAAAUGGAAAAACGGUUAGAAGAGAAGCUAAGGAUCAGCCAGAAAGAAAAGGAGUCCAGUAACAACUCUUCACGAUCUCCAUUGAAAACAACUAUGGUGAUACAGGACGACACUCUACCAGCAGCACCCCCACCUCAGAUUCGCAUUCUGAAGCGGCCUGCAAGUAAUGGGUCGCUGGGAUCGCCCUUGAAUCAAAGCAGGCCUACACCACAGGUCAAGUCUCUGGCUCAGCGUGAGGCUGAGUACGCCGAGGCAAGGAAGAGAAUACUGGGCAGUGCCUGCCCAGAGGAGCCGCCUCAGGAUAAGCCCAAUACUGACAGGCCAGGGCGCAAUAACUCUACAUUGCCUUCAGAGGACACCCGAUCAAACAAUCACACUGUCCGGCAGCCAGCCGGUCCAGACAGCACCCAAGGGUUCCGACAGCACAGAUAAGUGGGCCCCGGGGCCACCCAGCCAUUGAGAGGAGAGAGAUCAAGGGCCUCCUUAGAGCAAAGACGGCAUUGUAUUCUCAAACUUCCUUACUUCAGUUCCAUAAUAUCAGAUGGGCAGUGAAUACUCAACACUGCUGCUCAGCCCCUACCACCAGCAGUCGUGUGGAACUGACAGGGAGCGAGGAACUCCAGGAGGAAGUCAAAUACGCUCUUCUCUCUCCCCAAUCCAGUCUGUUCGACACUGUGAUUAUGGACAUCUUCUGGACUCACUGUGAUGAUCCCUUUAAGAGACGCCCCUCACCUCCAUCUCUCUCCUCCUCCAGUCCCCAUGGCUCCAUCUCAGGAUGCCUGCAAGGCAGAAGCAAAGACUUUAUCAAGGAUGAUAGAGAGAGGAGGAGAUGUGACAGGCCAUAACAAAAUGAGAUGAGCUGGUCCUUGUUUAGCAGCUUCUCCCCAGCAAUAAUACCACACAUCACUUCUCACAUCUUUCAUGUUUUAAUUUUUCAGAUGUUGGCUCAGUAAUUUUUUAUCUUUUAGGUAUGCUCUGAUAUCUACUGUGUACAGAUACAAGUACCUCACGUUAUACAUAAACCACCAAGAACCUGUUCAUUAAAACAGCAUUUAAUAUUAAUGUUUUUAAAAAAUAAACAUAAAAAUAUCUGCGGUUAUGAAAUGGGAAACAAUCAAAUUUUCCCCGUUUGUUUUGUGCUUAAAUGACUCCAAAAUGUCACAUUUUGGUUUCUCCGUACAGUUUAAACACAGACAUCCUCGGCUGCAGCUUGUGGUUAUCAGAUCUCCCACAGUGAACUCACCACUAAUGCAGAGUAUUUAACUGGUACCUAUCCGGUAACUAGGCUGUUAGCAUAAUAAGUGCACCCCUAAUAUGUAAAUUGCCAUUUGUUUUUAAAACUGAGGGUAUGGGUCAAGCAAGUGUGUCAAGUUGUAUAUCUUACAAGUUCUGUUUACGGUUUUUGUUUUUUAAUUAAGCUUUAUGGCUGUCUUCUUUCCUGUCCUCAUUAUUUCUAUUUAAAAGUAAAAGCAAAGAAAAAAAAAAAGUGAAAAGGAGAUUGUGGAUUUAAGUCCAUUUUAAGUAGCUUUUCUGCCUUUUUGUAUGAGAUGGCAGCAAUGUCAGAGCAGUAUUUUAAUUGAAAUGAACCAAAUGCCCAUUUUAAAAGCAACCUGUAUAUGUACCAGGUAAUUCAGAUGUCAUUAUUUGAAGGUGGUGUUGGCAGCAACUCAAGGGAAGUUCAGAUGGGGGAAUGAACUGACUGCUGUACUUCACAAGCCGCUCCAUUGUAUCUCCAUCUCAUCAGCGGUGUGCUCGUUUCAUCAUGUCCUUCACUGACGUACAGUCUGUAGGAACUCAGGUGCAAGCGAACGAGACUGAAUGAAUAAAAUGAACGAAGAUUGUA